CUGACACACACAGACACACUCUCUCUCUCUCUCACACAACGCACGACUCACGUAGACACACAACCGGAGAGGGGAGAGAGAAGGGGAGGAGAAGAGACACAGAAACUGACGUCGCCUUCGCCCCCGCGGUCUCUGGCUACUUAAAUCCUCUCGCCUUCCCCAAAUCGCCCAGCGCAAGCACGGCCCGCAGGCGUGGGCAGCGGAAUUCGCGAGGAAUCGGGGCCGGCGGGGAGGUUGGUUGGGGCUUGCGGCGGGGCGGAGGUGCGCAUGUGAGAUCCGAUGGCGGCAGUGUCAGCGGUGGCCGGCGGUGAUGGAGGGGGAGGCGCGGAGGGAGGCGGAGGCGGAGGAGGGAAGGACGCGCUGUUCGUCGAGCUGUGGAAGGCGUGCGCGGGGCCGCUCUCGUGCGUGCCGCCGCUCGGGGAGAAGGUCUACUACUUCCCGCAGGGCCACAUCGAGCAGGUGGAGGCGUCCACGAACCAGGUCGCUGAGCAGCAGGGGGCGCCGCUCUACAACCUGCCAUGGAAGAUCCCCUGCAAGCUCAUGAACAUCGAACUGAAGGCUGAGCAAGAUACUGAUGAGGUGUAUGCCCAGCUCACCCUGCUCCCUGAUAAGAAGCGAGAUGAGAAUACCUCUACAAUGGCCGAGAAUGAGGAGGAGGAAGUGGUGCCUAAUGCGCCACCAGCUAUGAAUGAGCGGCUUCGCAUCCAUUCCUUCUGCAAGACGCUAACUGCCUCAGACACAAGCACACAUGGUGGAUUCUCAGUGUUGCGCCGGCACGCAGAUGAGUGCCUCCCGUCACUGGACAUGAGUCAGCAUCCCCCAAAUCAAGAGCUGGUAGCCAAGGACCUGCAUGGGGUCGAGUGGCGCUUCCGUCACAUAUUUCGAGGUCAGCCACGAAGACACCUUCUUCAGAGUGGUUGGAGUGUUUUCGUUAGUACCAAGCGUCUUGUUGCUGGGGAUGCCUUCAUAUUUCUCAGAGAUGAGAAUGGGGAGCUACGUGUUGGAGUUCGGCGUGCAUUGAGACACCAAACUAGUAUUCCAUCUUCAGUCAUAUCAAGCCACAGUAUGCAUCUCGGUGUUCUUGCAACAGCAUGGCAUGCGGUGAAUACUGGGAGUAUGUUCACUAUCUACUACAAGCCAAGGACUAGUCCAGCUGAAUUUGUGGUCUCACGGGAUCGGUACUAUGAAUCACUGAAACAGAAUUAUUCAAUAGGGAUGAGAUUUAAGAUGAGAUUUGAAGGCGAAGAGGCGGCAGAGCAAAGAUUCACUGGCACAAUAGUUGGAAUAGGUGCUUCUGAUCCAUCUGGCUGGGCUGACUCAAAAUGGCGUUCCCUUAAGGUGAGAUGGGAUGAAGCUUCUUCUUUUCCUCGUCCUGAAAGAGUUUCUCCUUGGCAAAUAGAACCUGCUGUUAGCCCUUCUCCUGUGAACCCACUUCCAGCACUCAGAAUCAAGAGGUCUCGCCCAAAUGUUAAUACUUCAUCAUCUGACUUGUCAGCUGUAAACAGAGAAGUUGCUUCUAAAAUCAUGGCAGACUCUCAGCAAAAUAGUCUCCCAAUGGCCUUGCACGGUCAGGGAAGUAAACCUUUAACAAGUCGAUUUGGCGAGAGCAGUGAUUUAAAGAUUGCUCAGGAUCUCACCAUGUGGUCUUCAGGAAUUGAUCAAGAGAGAAACAAUAUUGCUACCCAGACAAAGCUAAGUUUGGAGGGUUGGAUGCAGAUGAGAAGACCUGAAGGUUACAAUCAGAUGUUACCAGGAUUUCAACCACUGAAAGAUGCACAGAAUCCGCUUUGUUCUUUUCCUAGUCAAAUAUCUGGAAACCGUUCAAAUACCUGGGACACAAUGGAUGUUCGUUUUCCAGUCCAACAAGCCAACCACAAUAUGUUACUACCUGGUUUUAUGCCUCGUGACACUGGUUUUUUGAUGAAUCAACAAAAUUAUCUAGCGAUGCCUGAUGCUGCACUUCCUCAAAGGGCUGAAUUUGCAAAAUUUAGUGGGAAUUCAGCUUUCACUUCGCUUCAGGGCCAUGACAUUGAUCAGCGCUCCUUAGGCUUAUUUGGCAAUAUUGAGUCAAGUUCCCACAUAGAUCAUGCAUCAUCGAAUUUGAUGAAGCCCCGACCUUUGGUUAUUGAUAAUGAUGUUCAGAAAACCAAAGGCACUUCAUUCAGGCUAUUUGGGAUUCCUCUUGACAGCCCAGCAAAAUCUGAACCUCUGGUAUCCCCACCAAGUGUUGCAUAUGAUGGGAAGCUUAAAACUUCUCCAUCAGAAAAAGGGAAUCAACUGGAUGUAAUUGAAGUGGAUAAUUGUUCUGUUCCGUCCAAUGCUGUGAAGCAACCUGAUGGUCUUCAGUCGGAUUCUGUUACAGAGAAUAAUCAGCCCUGUCCAGAAGCUACCCAAAAUAUUCAGAACAAAGUGCAAAAUGGUUCCACCCGAAGCUGCAAGAAGGUCCAUAAGCAAGGUAAUGCACUGGGCAGGUCGGUUGAUCUGACGAAGUUCACUUGCUACAGUGAGUUGAUUACUGAAUUGGAUCGGAUGUUUGACUUUGAUGGUGAGCUGAGCAGUCCCCGCAAGGAUUGGUUGGUCGUCUACACUGACAAUGAAGGUGACAUGAUGCUGGUUGGUGAUGAUCCCUGGAAUGAAUUCUGCAACAUGGUCCACAAGAUCUUCAUCUACACAAGGGAAGAAGUUGAAAGUAUGAAUCCAGGUGCCCUGAACUCAAGGUCCGAAGAUAGUCUGUCUACUUCGCUGGGAAGAGGACUGGCUUCCAAAGAGCCCCAAUGUGGCCCGUCUACUUCCGAGAAUCGCUAACUUCUCCAGUUAGCGAGGUCUUUUGCAGUGGCGAGGGAGACAAGAUGCCCGCGUACCUGUAGCAGGAGAGACAGAGUGUGAGAGAGAAGAGACUCGUAGUGGUGUAGUAGGUGCUUUGCAUUGCAUGUAUGUCGGGGAAGCCCCGCAGUACCCUGCUUGUAGAUGGUGCUUGUCCCGGUGUCAGUCGCGUGUUCUGAGUUGGCUAGUAUAAGUUUUGGGUGUGCUUUGUUGAGGUAAGUUGUUGUAGCAUCUGAAAGCGAGCCAAACUGCCGGUGUGCUUGCUUGGUCCUCCUUUCCCUAAGCCUUGUAAAUAGGUUUGCUUUCUAGCGCAGUAUAUUCUCAACAGCCGUAAUCGGCAUGGUACUUGAAGAAGGUAAGUUGGGUACUAAUUGCUGUU